AUGCAAUCUAAUAAGGAGAUUAGAAUCAUCUCACUCUUGGUGAUCGACACGCUUUUCUUCUUCUUGGAAAUCGUGGUUGGAUAUGCAGUACAUUCGCUGGCCCUAAUUGCUGACUCUUUCCACAUGCUGAACGACAUUUUCUCCCUCCUGGUGGCUUUAUGGGCCGUGGACGUUGCUAAAAACAAGAGCGCGGACUCUACCUACACGUACGGAUGGAAACGAGCUGAAAUCUUGGGUGCGUUGAUCAACGCAGUGUUCCUGAUCGCUUUGUGCGUUUCGAUUCUAAUUGAGGCUGUGCAGCGGUUUUUCGAGCCCCAGGAGAUUAACAACCCCAAGUUAGUGCUUAUGGUGGGUUUUGCGGGGCUCAUUUCCAAUAUCGUUGGUCUGUUUUUGUUUCACGACCAUGGUCACUCCCAUGGGCACGGCCACUCGCAUGCUGCUGCUUCAUCUCCCCAGGACGAAGAAAGCGGCCAUAGUCAUUCCCAUGCUGAAUUCAACAAUGGCGACGAGUCGUCGCAAGAUAUCAACGACCUUUUGCCCUCCACAGUAGUCCAAUCAUACACCCCUGAAACGUCUCCUCUCCUUACGAAAAAGGAUGAUCACUCCCACUCUCACAAGACCGAGGUGAAAAAAACCCAGAAGUCUCUCAACAUGCAAGGUGUGUUCUUGCACGUACUGGGAGAUGCACUUGGCAAUGUAGGUGUCAUGGCCACUGCCUUGUUCAUUUGGAAAACUGAUUACUCCUGGAGGUUUUACACUGACCCUGCCGUAUCAUUGGUGAUCACAGUAAUUAUAUUCUCUUCUGCUUUGCCCUUGGCUAAUAAAGCAUCCCGCAUUUUGCUACAAGCCACCCCGGCAUCCGUUUCUGCUGAUGAUGUUCAGAACGAAAUCUUGGGUGUCCCCGGUGUUGUGUCCGUCCACGACUUUCAUAUUUGGAACUUGACCGAAUCACUCUCGAUCGGCUCCAUUCACGUCUCAAUUGACUCCACUCCAGAACAAUUUACAGAAAUUGCGAGCACGAUUAGAAACAUUUUCCACCAACACAACAUUCAUUCUGCUACAGUUCAGCCUGAGUUCGUUAAGGGAAAUGUCGACGAUGACGCCUACAAGAGAUUUUCCAGAAUAGCUGGCGGUGGCGUUUAUGGGUCCUCUUUGUCAUUGAGGCAAGAUACUGCAGAAGGUGGCAAUACUUCUUACGGUACAAACGGAGAAGCCCGUUGUAUAAUUGACGAAGCUGCUAAUUGUAACACAGAUAACUGUCUGCCUAACAACUGA